GGCGAAGAAGGCUUUUAGAGUUACUCCUUGCAGCGCCGAGGGAUCGAGUUCGGAAUUGCCACGAGAAUCAGAAGAUCCACUUCUCAGGGUCGACAGAUUGCAUCAGUCGAAGCGCAGGCGCUGUUUCCGGUUUGCAGUUGGAAGCGAUGGGUGGAGGAGGUCAUGGAGAACCCCAUGGUCACUACCCAGGCUAUCCCACGGGCGUGUGGAGCCCCACGGGAGGAUGGUGGUGUGAUCCUAAAUUGUGGCGACGCAACACGGCCCUAACUUUUGUCGGAAUCUUCGCUGUUUGUAUUCCGAUCGCUAUGAAGUCUGCUCAAUUGGAGCAACGACCUGUUCCGCCAAUUCGCCCCAUUCCCUCUCAAAAGUGGUGCAAGAACUUUGGCCCACCUAUUACUUCAGACUGAAGCUGUUUGCGAGUUGGACUUGGUUGAUCGCUACACUCUUCUAAAAGUCGCAUGGAAUCACAUAUUGUAAGUUUUUCAAGAAGGUAAAAAAUUUGAAGUGCUGUUCGUAUGACUCGGCUCGGGGGGCUUCAUUGUCCUUUUUGGUGAAGUUUCUUCCACAAUCAUUUUAUUCUUCCACAAUAUGAAAAUAAAAUCAGCAGACCGUGGCUGGGCUAGGCUAGUCUGAGGUAGCAUGUUUUAGCGCUCUUCCAGAAGUUGUUCAACUUCGAGGUAGAGCAAAUUGAGCUAGUCUUGAAAGAAUCACAUGAUCAGUUGGGGAACAGUGCUCAUCACCACCCAAAAUUUAUCGUUAUUCGGUUCUGCAAUGAAGCUGAUGCGAAUCGCGUGUGAAGCGUACCCAUGUGGAUGUGAUCUUGCCGAAGAUAAUGGUUAGGUGGAUAUGACGAGAGUGUAAGUUUUGUUACAAACUGGCCAGUGAGGACAGACAUUCUCUCUGUCUCUAAGAGAUCCUUUCUAGCUCUCAAAUGUGGCGCUCUACAGUCUUGAGAUUUGUUCUUUUAGGCUGGCCCUUUUUGUAAUUGUGGUUGAUUAUUUGAGCACAGAUUGGAUGGCGCUUAUGAUGUCGCACAUGUUCCUUUCAAGAAAUAGCAGCUAGACAAAGGGGACUCUUGGAAGUGCAGGAAACAUCUGGCUCUUUACCAAACAUUUCUUGGAUGCCCUCGAGUCGACUAAAUUGUUUGUAAUAAACAUUUUGCAAGCAUAUGUUUUUUCCUGUUGUG